AUGGCUGAGCUGAUUGACCCGACAGCCAAGGGCAACUACCCCAUCAUCCUCGGCGAUGGCUUACUGGGGAAGACCUCCAACGACAUCUUUACCGGCAUUCGCUACAACCACAAGCCCUCGUUCCCUGCGUCCGACGCACGCUUGAAGCCGUCGCUCCCUGGAAAGACAACCUCCUACGACUUGACCUUUCCCAGUCCCGAAGGAACGGUCGGAUUCGCCGGAACGCGCUCGACCGACGAUGACGACUACGUGCUAUGGUUCGAUCCCGAGCGGAAGGCGUUCAUCCUGGACAAGGUUGAUUCCACGUUCAACAUGAAUCUCACGCGCAUCCCCGGAAACAGCAACCCCGAGGAGCUGCGACGUCGAUACCCUCAUCUGGAGAAUGGCCAGUCACAAAAGGUGGGAGACAAGAAGAAUGUAUCGAACAAAGACAAAUCAAAGUCGACGCCCAAGGCUGAUGAUAAGACUAUCACCAAGCCGGUCGACAAGCAGCCGCUGGACAAGAAACCGCUAGAGAAGAAGUCGGUGGAGAAGAGAUCCUUGGAGAAGAAGAUAUUCGAGAAAAAGCAGCUCGACAAGAAGCUCCCCAAGAAGAUUGACCUGGCACUCCCCAUGCCGCAGCCGCCGAAGCCAGCACAGUCCGAGUCUCGAAAGAAGAAGGACGAUGACGACGAUGAGGAAGACGAGGACGACGAUGGCGAUCUCCUCAUCGAGUACCCGGGCGCGGAGAACCCGGCCAAGCAGACCCAUUUCUCGCCGGCGUUUCCCGCCCCUCGGCGCUUUGAUGACUUUAUGGAUCAGCGCGAGUCCGAGGUGGAGGAAGAGGAUGAUGACCAGGAAGACGAAGACGACGGGAUGGAUCCGGACACGGAGUUUAAGCUGCCCAGUCCAUUAGAUUUGGAACAAGAGUUGGAGAACGCCUUUGAAAAGUUGGAGAGCAAUGGCCAAGACAGUGGCAACAACGGCUACUACUACAACGACAAUGCUAACGAUGACGAAAGCGAGAUCAGUGAGGAGGACUAG